CUGGGAUCUCUGGACUAGCCUAGCCACCACGUUGUGAUUUUUUGCAAUCUCUGCAAUACGCUACCUUUUAAGGUCAAGAUGUUGUUAAGUAUAAAAAGUAUCUUAUGGAUGUACUCUACGUUAGUUAUAACAUAUAUGCUACCUAAAGUUAAAGCAGAAAAAAAAACCCUGGUAAAGGGAUCUCUCUCUGGAACUUCAGUCCUGCCAUGCUUCUUUUCAACCACACCCACUAUAGCCUCCAGCUAUGCAGCUGAGUAUCUUCGAAUCAAAUGGUCAAAGGUUGAACUGGAUAAAAGUGGAAAAGAUGCAAAAGAAACCACAGUCCUGGUGGCCCAAAAUGGCAACAUCAAAAUAGGUCAAAGCUACAAAGACAGAGUGUCUGUUCCGACCCAUUCAGAGGAGACUGGUGACGCUUCGCUGACUUUCUCUAAGCUGCGUGCAAGUGAUGCAGGGGUGUAUCGCUGUGAUGUUAUGUACGGAGUUGAAGACACACAAGGCAUUGUAUCAUUGGCUGUUGAGGGUGUUGUAUUUCACUAUCGUGCAGCAACCAGCAGGUACACUCUGAAUUUUACACAAGCUCAGCAGACUUGUCUGGACAACGGUGCUGUCAUAGCAAGCCCAGAACAACUGAAAGCAGCCUAUGAAGAUGGAUUUGAGCAAUGUGAUGCUGGCUGGUUGUCUGACCAGACUGUUAGGUAUCCAAUUAGACAUCCAAGAAUUGGCUGCUUUGGAGAUAAAAUGGGAAAGAAAGGAGUCAGAACAUAUGGGCGCCGUUUUCCUAAUGAAACUUAUGAUGUGUAUUGCUAUGUGGAACACAUGGAAGAUGAAGUGGUUCAUGUCUCAGUCCCUGAGAAGCUCACCUUUGAGGAAGCUAAAGAGCUGUGUCGGAAAAGAGAUGGCAUUCUUGCUUCUGUUGGGAACCUGUAUGUCGCCUGGAGGAAUGGCUUUGACCAGUGUGACUAUGGCUGGCUGGCGGAUGGCAGCGUUCGUUACCCAGCCUCGGUGGCAAGGCCCCAGUGUGGUGGAGGUUUACUUGGGGUGAGAACCCUGUAUCGCUAUGAGAACCAAACAGGCUUUCCUUACCCAGAUAGCAAGUUUGAUGCCUACUGCUACGAACGCCAAGAUCCAUGCAAAAGCAAUCCCUGCCUUAACGGUGGUACCUGCUAUCCGCGUGGUUCAUUUUACAUCUGUACAUGUUUGCCAGGUUUCAAUGGCGAGCAGUGUGAAUUAGAUAUCGAUGAAUGCCAGUCUAACCCAUGCCGGAAUGGAGCCACAUGUAUAGAUGGCCUCAAUACCUUUACUUGCUUGUGUCUGCCAAGCUAUAUAGGUGCUCUCUGUGAACAAGACACAGAGACUUGUGAUUACGGCUGGCACAAGUUCCAAGGACAGUGCUACAAAUACUUUGCUCAUCGGCGUACAUGGGACACGGCUGAAAGGGAAUGCCGUCUUCAGGGAGCACACUUGACAAGCAUCUUGUCUCAUGAGGAGCAGAUCUUUGUGAACCGUAUUGGGCAUGACUACCAAUGGAUUGGCCUCAAUGACAAGAUGUUUGAGCGUGAUUUCCGCUGGACUGAUGGUAGCCCGCUGCAAUAUGAGAACUGGCGACCAAACCAGCCAGACAGCUUCUUUUCUGCUGGAGAAGACUGUGUUGUUAUAAUAUGGCAUGAGAAUGGGCAGUGGAAUGAUGUACCAUGCAAUUAUCACCUUACCUAUACCUGCAAGAAAGGAACAGUUGCUUGUGGUCAGCCUCCUGUUGUGGAAAAUGCAAAGACCUUUGGGAAGAUGAAACCUCGUUAUGAGAUCAACUCCCUUAUUAGAUAUCACUGCAAAGAUGGUUUCAUCCAGCGCCAUAUUCCAACCAUCCGGUGUCAAGGGAAUGGAAGAUGGGAUAUGCCUAAAAUUACUUGCAUGAAUCCAUCCACAUACCAAAGGACUUACUCUAAGAAAUACUACUAUAAACAUUCUUCAUCAGGAAAGGGAUCAUCGUUAAAUUCAUCAAAGCACUAUCAUCGCUGGAUCAGGACAUGGCAGGACUCAAGGCGCUGAGAGCUAAAUGGUGAAUGGGGAUUUCCACCAUUUCAGCCAAAGUCAUAACUUUCUGUGCCUUUUCUAUCACUUAUAGGAGUAUUAUCAAAUUGUUUUGAAACUAUGGACUGCGGUAUUCACAAUGCAUCUUGCAAAAAUAUGGUGUUUAUCA